GACCCCCCUGAGGGCGCCGCUCCCUCACACCCGCCAUGGCGGCACCGCCGUCACCCCCGCAGCGCUCGCGGCACCCGGAGCUGCGCCACUCAGCAACCCGCGGCUGCCAGGUCUCGUCUCCGCACGCCACUUCACUCUCAGCCCCGGCAGCGCCUCCCGCCGCGACUCGGCGGAGUGCGGGACCGCUCUGGCGCUCCCCACACGAGCAGCGCUUCGGCCCCUCUCCCUGCACGCACCCACCUGUGGGGCGCCCUCGGCCGCCUCCAUCAUCGCCCCGCUUUAAGCGCUUAAAUAUCCCCGCGGCGGCACCGCCUGUGUCACGGACCGGGGCUGCGAACGGCAGUGCGGCCCUCCCCGCCUCCCCCCCCCCCCGGCCCGCCCCGCUCCGCAUCUUGUUUUCUCCAUACGCACUUGGAAAUGCGUAUGGAGAAAAGCGGGCUCGGGGCGGGGGGGGGGGGGGCACCGCUGUUAUUCCCGCUCUAAUCGGGAUACCCAAGGAACACCGAGGAAAACAACGCGGCGCAGCCCCGUUCUUUCUCCCCCCCACCACUCCGCGCUGUCACUUGGCUGCUUCCCCCAUGUCGCGAUGCACACACACCCCCCCCCCCCACCCCGCCAUGUCGCGACAGCGCCCCGCGCACCUGCCGCGCCGCGUCCCCCCCCCGCCCCCGACCCGCCGGGUCCUACCGGGGGUGCGGAGAAAGGGACGCUCGGUUCUCCCUCCCCGGUGGAAGCACCGCGAUGCCGGCGCUCCCCCAGAAAGGAAUAACCGGGGAAUAAUCGGCCGGGCAGGCACCGUGCGCAAGGAUGGACCCCGCUCCCGGAGGCUGCGGGAUCCGGUGCUCCUCUGCGGCCGCGGCGGGUCUCCGGUGCUGGAAGAGGCAGAAAAACAGCACCAAAAAAAAAAAUCCAAAACAACCAAAAGAAAAAUAAAAAUAAAAGAAAUAAGGCGGAAAAAAAAAACCCGUGUUUGUGUCGGACUGAGGAGGAGUAGAUGCGAGCGGUUCUGCCCGUGCGGGGUCGAUGCGGUGGUCGCUACCGCCGCGUUUAACUCCGCCAGUCGGUAG